AUGGCAACCAAGCACGAAAAGUUUCGCGUGAUUAUAGUCGGCGGAUCGGUUGCUGGUUUGACUCUGGCUCACUGCUUGCUCAAAAACAACAUCGAUUUUGUUAUCCUCGAAUCAAAUUGCGAAAUUGCACCUCAGGUAGGUGCGUCAAUUGGAAUUCUUCCCAAUGGUGGUCGCAUUUUAGACCAAUUGGGCAUUUUCGAUGAUAUCCUUGACGCAACGGAGCCUCUACAACACGGCUGUACCUGGUCCGCAGCAGGCAAGAUGAUAUCAAAGACGAAUGCCCCUCAGAUCAUUCAUGAAAGGCAUGGAUAUCCAAUUACCUUUCUCGAUCGCCAGAUCUUGCUGGAGGUCUUAUACAAAAACUUGAAAGAUGGAGAUCGUUGCGUACAUACCAAUAAGAGGGUUACCAGAGUCGAGCACCUUUCGGAGAAAGUGCGGGUUCACUGUACAGACCAUUCUGUUUUCGAGGGUGACAUAGUCGUUGGAGCCGAUGGUGUGAGGAGUACAGUGAGACGAGAGAUGUGGAAAUACAUGAGCUCUAUCGAUUUGGAAAAACAAUCAAUAGAAGAACAAGCUCGCAUGUCAUCUGAGUAUUCCUGCGUCUUUGGAAUAUCGACUGCAACUCCAGGACUAGUGCCCGGACAAAGUCAUCGUACUUUUGCAGAUGGCUACUCGACCUUGGUAGUUGUGGGCAAGGAAGGGCGUGUUUUCUGGUUUUUAUUUACCAAGAUGGAUCGUGUCUACUCUGCUUCAGAAAUCCCCAGAUUCGACAAGGAAGACCUCGGAGAGCAUAUCAACAAACACGCUCAUGUUUCAAUCACGGACAGUGUGACCCUCUCUGCUGUUUAUCAAAAUGUUGUGUCCAAGAAUUUCCUUGCUUUGGAGGAAGCUUUCUACACGCGUUGGUGCAUAGACCGAUUUGUUUGCAUUGGUGACUCGGCUCACAAAAUGACUCCUAAUAUGGGUCAAGGCGGUAACAGUGCUAUUGAGAGUGCUGCUGCGCUAGCUAAUCAUCUCGCUGCUUUGAGCAAAGAGUCCUCAAGCAACUACAUUCCUCUCACAAGAAUUCAGGCUGGCUUAUAUAACUGGCAAACAGCACGACAGCCACGGGCAAAAGAGGUCUGGACCAAGGCAAACGGCUUGACACGACUUGAAGCUGGAGCAACAAUCAAAGACAAGUUGAUCGCUCAGUAUCUGCUGCCUUUCAUGAGUCAUCUACUCAUUGACAAGAUGUCUCAAACGCUUUUUGGGGCAGAAAAGCUCGACAAUGUCCCACUCAAUCCACGAGCAUCUCAAUGCUCCAUGCCACUUCACUCUCAAUUGAACCCCGAUCAUGAACACACGGCUUGGAGACGGGCUUUAUGGACUGCACCCCUGAUCGGAUGUCACUAUGUUUCUAAAAUUACUAUGGGGGCGAUUUUACACAAGUUGAGGCCCUUUUUGGGGUCCAUACUUCGCCAGGGCUCUUGGACCGCAAGCAACGGAGAAAGUUUGAAUCUGUUCAGGCCUAUCUAUAACAUUUCUUUCCUUGACAAGACCUUUAUGCCUCUUAUUUGUUGCUUCUUGCCUUCUAUAAGCGGCUCAGAUCCGAGAUCAUACGCACAAAUGAUCUCAUUCAUGGCUGACAUUGGCCCGAUUUACGGGAUCUGGCUACUUGAAAGUUAUCGGAAAGGAAAAUCCAGCUUUGAAGUAUUGCUACCAACCGUGAUGGGGAUCGCGUUUCAGCUGAAGGGAAUCGGCAAAAUUGCCCCCUUAUACUACGCGAUUGAGUACAUCCACUCCCCUCUUUCCAGUCUCACUCAAGGAGAAAAUCGCAAUAUCAAGGUCACCGCAUUGAAGUCCUUUUUGCCAGCCAUGCUCGCAGGAUACUAUUUGCCAACUUUCGGUAACUUCUUUGCCUCCACCCUUCAGUCUCGCCGAUCGUACAAUGCUUUCUGGCAGCUGUUUCCCAUAAUUGUACCUCUCUUCCAGCUCCCCUUCUAUUUCUGUGGAAACCAAAACUCUCAACCCAAUUCUACCGAGAGACAAAGACGCAGCAAGAAUAAUAUAUUCUAUGUCCGUUGUGCAUACGGCACUAUGGCCGCAAUCUCAGGAUUGACUUUCCUUUAUGCCCGAAUUUCAGCUCCUCGUGGCACAUCUUUUGUCUCUAUCUUCUUUCCCAGUCUGUGUGGGCACACCGAGCCUGUUCCCUCAUUUGCCGCUGGGAUUGCAACGUUCCUUCAGUACGAUGAGCUGAUCUCUAUGGCGUCUGGAUAUUUCUGGCUCGGGCUUCGGUUCCUGGAGAUGAAACAGGAUGGUCCAUCAUGGUGGAAGUCGGUAUGCGCUUUGAUUGGUGCUACUAUCACUCUCGGUCCAGGUGCAGCAUUUGCCCUAGGUUGGGGAUGGAGGGAAGAAAUUCUCGCUCAAAAGACACUUCAAGAUGGCAAACUUUCCAAUCGUCAUAUUUGA